GAGUGGGAGGAGACGUGUUGAGGCGCUUCACCGUGCUGCAGCGUCUCUUGUACUAUCUAUCUGAGUGCACACCAGGCUGCUGAAGUGAACCACGUGUGAGUGAGCUGCGGUAAAAAAAGAUUAGUUUUAACUCAUUAUUAUCGUGUUUCAGUGAAACACCGCCCAGCCAUGGUGAAACUCGCGAAGGCGUCGAAAAAACAAGUGAAGGAAGCACCACCGAAGAAAAAGGCUCCUCCACCUCCAAAGGAAGUCGAAGAGUCCAGUGAGGAGGACAGUGAUGAAGAUGACGAAGAAGAGGCGCCACCACCCAAAGCUGCAGCCAAGAAGAACGCAACUCCAGCGAAGGCAGUGAAAAAUGGAAAAACUCCUGCCAAACAAGAAAGUGAAGACGAUGAUGACGACGACGAAUCUGAGGAAGAGGCUCCUCCAGCUAAAGUGGCUAAAGCUCCAGCCGCUAAAGCAGCCCCUGCCAAGAAAGCAGCAGCUGUUGCUGCAGAAUCAGAUGACGAGGAUGAUGAGGAUGACGACGAUGAUGAAGAAUCUGAGGAGGAACCACCCAAAAAGGCUACCCCUGCUAAAUCAGCCAAGGCCACCCCUGCUAAAGCGACACCUGUGAAGGCUAAAGCUGCUCCUGCAAAGAAGGAGGAGUCUGAUGAGGAUGAUGACGACGACGAUGAUGAUGAUGAAUCAGAAGAGGAGGAAGCUCCGCCUCCUAAAAAAGCAGCUCCUGCUAAACCUGCUGCUAAAGCAGCUCCAGCUAAAGAGGAAUCUGAGGAUGAAGAUGAUGAAUCGGAAGAGGAGGAAGAGGAAAUGGACACAACACCUGCACCAGCCAAAAAAGCAGCAGUGAAGGCGGCCAAGGAAGAAUCUGAAGAAGAGGAGGAUGAGGACGACGAAGAGGAGGAUGAUGAGGACGAUGAAGAGGAUGAUGAAGAGGACGAGGAAGCUGCUCCUGUAACACCAGGAAAGAGGAAGGCUGACGUAAAGAAGGACAAAGAAACACCACCGGCUAAAAAAGCCAAAUCUGAUGGAGAAGUUGUCAGUUUGUUUAUGGGUAACCUGAACUCAGAUAAGAGUUUUGAAGAAAUUAAAGAAGGCAUCGGCAAAUUCUUCAAGAAAGAGGGCCUUGUUAUUCAGGAUGUCCGUCUUGGAGGGUCCAAGAAGUUUGGUUAUGUCGACUUUGGCACAGAAGAGGAGCUUCAGCAAGCCCUCGGUCUCAACGGGAAGAAGUUUAUGGGUCAGCCGAUCAAACUGGACCGAGCGAGAAGUAAAGAGGACUCUCAAGAAAGCAAAAAGGAGAGAGAUGCCCGGACUCUGUUUGUGAAAAAUCUGCCAUACUCCAUAACCUCAGAUGAGCUGAAGGAGAUUUUUGACCAAGCACUGGAUAUCAGGAUACCCGUCGGCCACAACGGCACCAGCAGAGGAAUUGCGUACAUUGAAUUCAAGACGGAAGCAAUCGCUGAGAAAAUGUUGGAGGAGACGCAGGGUUCAGAUGUUCAGGGCCGAUCCAUCAUGGUGGACUUCACAGGCGCCAAAAGCCGACAGAGCGGCAAAGGACCGGCUUCUGCACCUGCAAACAAGGUUCUGGUUGUAAAUAAUCUAGCGUUCAGUGCCACAGAGGAGUCUCUGCAGAGCGUGUUUGAGAAAGCCGUCGCUAUCAGAAUACCACAGAAUAAUGGCCGGCCGAAAGGGUAUGCCUUUGUCGAGUUUGAAAACACAGAUGAUGCCAAGGAGGCGCUGGAUUCAUGCAAUAACACAGAAAUCGAAGGCAGGAGCAUCAGACUGGAGUUCAGUCAGAGUAGAGGAGAGGGCGGAGGACGAGGAGGAUCAGGACCCACAAAAACGCUGUUUGUUAAAGGCCUGUCAGAGGAAACAACUGAUCAGACUCUGAGGGACGCAUUCGAGGGCGCUGUCGCUGCCAGAAUCGCCACAGAUAAAGAUACAGGAUCCUGUAAAGGGUACGGUUUUGUCGACUUCGACAGCGAGGAAGACUGCAAAGCAGCGAAGGAAGCGAUGGACGAUGCAGAGAUUGAUGGAAACAAAGUGACUCUGGACUAUGCCAAGCCAAAAGGAGAAGGAGGAAGAGGAGGAGGACGAGGAGGGUUCGGAGGCGGCAGAGGAGGAGGACGAGGAGGAUUUGGAGGGAGAGGAGGAGGAAGGGGAGGAUUUAGAGGAGGGAGAGGAGGAGGUGGACACCGUGGAGGAGGAAGGGGAGGAUUCAGAGGUGGCCGAGGUGGCGGAGCCGGAGCAAAACCUCAAGGAAAGAAGAUCAGAUUUGACGAUUAAAAACUACUCUCUAUUUUUUAAUAUUUCCAAAUAAACGGACUGUGUUUCUGCUCGAAUGGUCUUUGGGACAUUCCAGCAUCUCAAUAAUUAAUGGAGCGUCCAUCUUUUUUCUGUCUGAAAGCUUCCUGCAUUCUCAAAUGUUCCUCUUCAUCUGUGCGCAUCUUCAUGUUUUCCCCAAUUUUGCGGGAGAAAAAUUGAAGUGUGAAUGAAUGUUGUUUUUCUUUUUUUUUUUUUUUUUUAUUUUUACUGUUUUUGUUAAAAUAUCCCUAAAUGAUUUAUUGUCUGUUUUUUUUAGUUUGCUUUAGGUGCGUGUUUUACCAUAAACUGUACAAAGCAUAUUAUAAAAGAUGAACGAUUAAACAUGCCCAAAAAUGUGUUUGGGCUUUUUGAAAUCUGGUUAA